AUGCCUUCGCGACCCCAGCCCGUCGCCUUCGCUCCGCCCGUCGCCCUCGCUUUCCACGCCUGUCGCCUUCACUUCCCCUCCCCCGUCGCCUUCACUUCCCCUCCCCCGUCGCCUUCACUUCCCCUCCCCCGUCGCCUUCACUUCCCCUCCCCCGUCGCCUUCACUUCAACUCCCCCGUCGCCUUCACUUCCCCUCCCCCAUCGCAUUUCCCGCCCGUCGCCUUCGCUACUCCCGCCCGGCGCCUUCCCUUCCCCUGCCCCUCGCUCUCGCUUCCCCCGCCUGUCGCACUCGCUUCCCCCGCCCGUCGCACUCGCUUCCCCCGCCCGUCGCUCUCGCUUCCCCCGCUCGUCGCACUCCCCGCCAGUCGCACUCGCUUCUCCGCCAGUCGCACUCGCUUCCCGCCCGUCGCACUCGCUUCCCCCGCUCGUUGCACUCCCCGCUCGUCGCACUCCCCGCCCGUCGCACUCGCUUCCCCCGCCCGUCGCUCUCGCUUCCCCCGCUCGUCGCACUCGCUUCCCCGCCAGUCGCACUCGCUUCCCGCCCGUUGGGCUCACUACCCCUCCCAUUGCCGUUCACUCUCUCCUGCUCACGCUCUGCCCUCCGCUCACUCUCUCCCCCUCCCUUCACUCUCUUCUCUCACACCCCUCGGUUUCCCCUGCUUACUGGCUUUCCCCCCUGCUCGACCCCUUCUCCCCCCUGCUCACUCUCUUUCCCCUUUUGCUCACCCCUCUGCCCCGUCCACAUCCAACCCUCGCUUAUCUGCCAUACGCCCUCUUCCCUUCCCGUUCUAUCACAGAACCAUGA